UUAAGGUAAAACCACCAUCAUGGCGACAGCUGGUGACGAAGACAGCAGUUUGACUACUGAUGUAAUGCUGUGUUCUAUUUGUUUAGAACAAUAUAAACGACCCGUGAGUUUACCGUGCUCCCACUCUUUCUGUCUGACUUGUCUGUCUACACACAUUAUCACAUCAUGUGUAAACUGUGACCCGCCCCUUGGGUUUCCGUGUCCUUUGUGUCGCAAAUUCAUUCCUGCACCUGGUAAAUUUAAGGAAUAUUUUGUUGACCAGUGGGCAAAACUAUUUCCAGAAAAUAAAUUUCUUGCUUCAGUUGCGGUUUUGACAAAGCCGAUUUAUUGUAAACCGUGCCAAGAAGAUGAAGAAGAAUCGAAAGCAAGUAGUUGGUGCAGGGAUUGUUCCGAGGUACUGUGUGACGAUUGUGUGAAAUGUCACAAGAAAUUUCGACCAACUCGAAGUCAUGUUGUAGUUACCUUUACCGAGUGUUCUGCUAAUUUUCCCCAACCUGUUGAUCUGCAAAAAUGUAAGGCUCAUGAUGAUCGAAAAUUGGAGCUAAUAUGUAAAGAGCAUAUUGUCCCAUGUUGCUCUGUUUGUGUUACUAAAGAACACGUCGGCUGUAAACAGUUUUGUCAGCUAAAGGAUGUUGAUGAAAACAUCGUAGGACCUAACAAUGUGAAGAACUUGCAAGCUGGGGUGGAAACGAUGUGUUUAAAUCUUCAAAAAAUUAUCACAGACGAAAAAAAUAAUAUGAACAGCCUUGAUGAUGCAUCGGACGCAUUCGCCAAAGAACUGUCGGAAAUAACCACAGCUAUCAUAGACAAUGUUAAAAUGCUGAAGGAAAAGCAUUUAAAUGAACUUGCAAAAUUAACCAAAGAAUCCAAAUCUGAACUUGAGAAGUCAGUGCAGUCUACUGAGCAUAGACUUCUCUAUCUUCAAUAUUGGAGAGAACAGUUAUUGACCAAUAUGUCAACCGAGACCAAUCUUAAAACAAACGAUGUCUUAUCAUACAUCAAAAUGAAGGAUUUAUAUGAAAACAUCAGAAAAUUAAAUUAUUCAAAGUUAGAAAUCUCCAUUCAAACCGAAAUUUUUGACAGCGUUCGAAAGCUAACAAGUUUGUCGUGUCUAGGAAAGACAACCGUUCGUGAGAAUAGCAAUCAGCAGGCGUUCAAUCUAAGGAAAAUUGACUUAAAAUGCGCUGAUGUAAUCAACAUUUCCGAAUUCAAAAUCAAAAAUUGCGAUAUCACUGACGGGGUGUUUCUAAGUCUAAAUAAAUUGUUACUGACUGAUUAUAAAAAUAAUAGGUGCGUGCUGUGUAACACUGAUGGAGUAGUUUUACAGAACAUAUCUUUACCGGGGAAGCCAUGGGGAGUGUGUGUCCACGGAGAGAAUGAAGUCCUAGUAACACUACCUGAUGACAAGAAGGUCGUAGUACUUGACGCCAGUUCUCUUGAAAUAAAACAAUCAGUGCCAAUUGAUUGUCGCUGCUAUGGAAUAUCAACGUCAGGUACCACUGCAGUGAUUGGUGCACGUGACUCUAUCGUAAUGUUUGAUAACUUUCUUGAUAAAAAUAUUUGUACAACAUUGGCAACAGAGAAGGGGUCUACUGAUGAUGUAGCACUGGGUAGAGAUGGUAAUGUUAUUUUUAUUGAUUAUUCUGAAAAUAUUGUCAAAAAAAUAGACGCGAAUGGAAAAAUGUUGUUCAAGUACAGCCAUGAAGAAUUAUCGAAGCCAUAUGGAUUAACACUGGACGAGCAUGGAAAUAUAUUUGUAAACGGAUUUGGCAGUAGUAAUAUUCAUAUAAUUUCAAAUGAUGGCAAAAUCAUAAGAAUCUUAACAGGAUUGCAGAAAAGCCCUAAUUGUAUAAAAUUUUUGCAUGGAACUUACCGAUUUUUUGUUGGUGAGGCAGGUGAUCGCGUUAAAGUUUUUGAACUCUCAAAUUAGCAGUUAGAGAAACAACGUCUCUCAACAUAUUCAAGAAAAACAUUACUGAAAGAAUUUCUCAACCUCCAAAAUAUUUUUCAUUUGGUAAACGCACUAUUAAUUUUUUACAUACCAAGUUGAGACAAAACUGUAUUUUGAACUAUGAUCUGUAUAGAAGAAACAUUAUUGAAUCACCCAAUUGUAUUUGUGGUCGAAAGGAGGAUGUUUAUCACUUUUUCUUUGUAUGCAAGAUUUAUGUAAAUGCAAGAAGCAAUCUUUUUGAAUUACUUUUUAUUAGGCUUGACGAAACAAUUUUAAUUAACUUUGCUUCUUUAGGAUAGUGGCAAUUUGUCUUACAAUGCAAACUGCUUUAUUUUUUCAGCAGUUCAAAAGUUCAUUAAAGAGUGUGGAAGAUUUAAUUAUUAAAUUCCUUUUUGCUUUUGCUUUUUAUACUGUAUA